AUGGAAAUCGAUCAAGCAGGCAAAACAAACAGUCAACAGCCUUUGUUUCCUACUCCUUCAUCAACACCGACGCCGCCGCUUCUUCCACCGCCUCCACAAAUAAGCCUUUCCCUGAAACGCCUUCUGACCAUCGUGAACUGUCUCCUACUGUGCCUCGGAAACGCCGGCGGACCCAUAAUCGUGCGCAUCUACUUCCUCCACGGCGGCCAUCGCCAGUGGCUCUCUGCCUGGCUCGAAACCGCCGGUUGGCCCCUCCUUCUCUUCCCCCUCUCCCUCUCCUUCCUCUAUCGCCGGCGCUCUAACCCAUCCGCCCCCGCCGUUCUCAUCACUCCUCGCCUCAUCCUCGCCUCCGCCUUCAUUGGUCUCCUCACCGGCGUCGACGAUUACCUCUACGCCUACGGCCUGGACUUCCUGCCGGUGUCCACGUCAGCUGUUCUUAUCGCGACGCAAUUGGUUUUCACGGCUUUGUUUGCGUAUUUCAUCGUGCGGCAGAGGUUCACGCCCUAUUCGAUCAAUGCGGUGGCGCUGUUGACAGUAGGCGCGGCGAUACUGGCGAUGCACGCGAGCAGUGAUAGACCGGCGGGAGUGAGCGUUGGUGGGUAUUGGAAGGGGUUUGUACUUACGCUUGGGGCGGCGGCGCUGUACGGGCUGGUUUUGCCACUG